AUGCUUUUAAACAUUUUUACGAAGUUGUUGGGGGAAGCAAAUGUCAUGAAAUCAGAAAAGGAUAAAGAAGCUCCACAGGGCCUGUGAACAGUGGCUAUGGGAUCCUGCCCUGAAGAGCAGCACUGGGAUCCCCUACUGGGCAACUGCAUGUCCUGCAAAGCCAUCUGCAACCAUCAGAGCCAGCGCACCUGUGCAGCCUCCUGCAGGUCACUCAGCUGCUGCAAGGAGCAAGGCAGGUUCUAUGACCAUCUCCUGAGGGACUGCAUCAGCUGUGCCUCCAUCUGCAGACAGCACCCUAAGCAAUGUGCAUACUUCUGUGAGAACAAGCUCAGGAGCCCAGUGAACCUCCCACCAGAGCUCAGGAGACAGCGGAGUGGGGAAGUUGAAAACAAUUCAGACAACUCGGGAAGGUACCAAGGAUCGCAGCACAGAGGCUCAGAAGCAAGUCCUGCUCUCCUGGGGCUGCAGCUGAGUGCGGAUCAGCUGGCUCUGGUCUACAGCACGCUGGGGCUCUGCCUGUGUGCCGUCCUCUGCUGCUUCCUGGCGGCAGUAGCCUGCUUCCUCAAGAAAAGGGGGGAUCCCUGCUCCUGCCAGCCCCCCACAAGGCCCUGUCAAAGUACAGCCAAGUCGUCCCAGGGCAUGGGUGUCUCUCGGGGGUGUCGGCACUUCUUGAAAAUUCAGUGUUCGUGA